GUCGCAGCUUCCGAUACAAACCAUUUGCAUGUCAACGUUAGUCGAGUAGCCGAUGAUAGAAUCGGAACCCGACCGUAUUAACCCGAUUCUGUAAAACUAAAAAGUUUCCUCUGUCUUGACAAACAAGAAAACAAUCUCUUCCCGUGUAUAUAAAGAUCUGAUGGUUUCUAACGUUGCAAGUAAAUCUACAUGCAACCCUAAGAGCAAAUUUGGAUGGUGGAGAUUCAUCGGUUUAUUUACCACUGAAUGGCUAAGAUCGCAAGUAAAUCUAACUUGCAAAUAUUACAAGGUGACGAAACGCUGAUCUACGAUCAGACAAAGAUGAAAGCAAUUCUGGGUAACUCCCUAUUUCUUUUGCGUUCAAGAUCAAGAAAACGAAAACCCAGAGACCAUUUGAUCGGCGAACAAUGGAUGGUGAUUUUAGUUCUGAAUUUUGCGUCGAUCACCACCCCCAAGAAUCUUCUCUCAAUUUUUGUCUGGUUGUUAUGCGAUUUCCUCUUGCUUCUUCCUGGUUUUUAAACUCUUUUGACUCUGAGGUUGAGACAGGCGAUUUCAAUCCCAUCCCCCUGAGCGAUCAACCUCUGCGCAGUUCUUGCUGAUGUCUGUUGGUCUUUUGACGGGGAGGUUCCAGAUCUGAAAAAAGAAGAAUCAAACUUUUAUGGGUAUUUCAGUAUUUUCCCCUUGAAGAUGGAGGGUAUUUUGGAAGUCUUUCAUUUGAAAAAACAAGAAGACAGAGCAGUAGACGGAAUGGAGAAAAAAGAAGACGACGAAAGAAAGGGGGAGCCCAAUUGGAGUGAGGCAGUGGAGGAUCUGAUAGCCGCAGGGGACGAUGAAGCAGCCAUUUCUUUCCUCGAAUCGCUCGUUUCGAAACUCGAAACCCGAUUUAAUGACUUCUCCGAGCCGCUUAUCGGUCUCCAGUUGGCCUCUGCUCUCACCGAAUUGGCCAAUCUUUGUUCCUCCAAAGGCUUCUCUAUCAAAUCCGAGGAGCUUUUCUCUCGCGCUUCCGAAGUGAAACAAUGCGCAACUCAACUUUCCGCUUCUCGUGAUGAGAAUCUAGAGACGUGCGGAAAGGGUGAUCAGGUUGCCUCGGGUAGCAAAGAUUCAAGUUACAACGCGUCUUUGAUUAAUGAAGGGAAUAUUGAAAAAGGCUUUACAAAAGCACCGGAUGGUGACGGGCUUGGCAAUGCCUCUUCAGAAGAUGACUGGGAAGCCAUUGCUGAUCGUGAACCCAAUGAAUUACUCUCCUCGCAAUGCUUGCCUGACUUAUCAAGUCUUUCAUUAAAAGAUACCGAAGAUGAAGGACCAAAGAAGCGUGGAAGGGGAACCUUCUCCUAUAAGAAAAAUGAGCUGUAUAGUGACCGGCAAUCUGAUGAUUCUAUCCUUGAAGAUGAUGAACAUCAAGACGAGCCCGCAGAUUCGGAAAGAAUGAAAGAAUCUAUAAAUUCCAAAUAUGGGACACGUCAUGUUCUUGUUCUUGCUGAUUUUCUACCAAGCAUGAGGACAGUAGAUGUAGAGAAGCUUUUUAAGGACUUUAAUGUUCAAGGAUUUGUCAUUCGCUGGGUCAAUGAUACCACAGCACUUGCAGUAUUUCGAACACCAACAAGUGCUCUUGAAGCCUGCAACCGUGUUAGAUGUCCAUUCACAGUACGCGUACUUGGUGAGGAUGAUGUUCUGUUGGGUUCAAUUUCAGAAAGAGGUAAAUUUGUACUCCUGCCUUUUCAUAUUUUGAAGUCCUAAAAAUUUUCAGUUUUU